AUGGCCACCCAAGCGUUGGCAAAAUGGACGGUUGAUCUGAAGCCUUCAUCUCUUCCAGCAUCUGUCAAGCAUGCUGCCGCGCGGUCUUUGUACAACUAUAUCGGCUGCGUAAUAGGCGGUUCCGGCCAUCCAGCUAUGACCAAGGCCUACGAUGCGCUUAUGCCGUUCUUUGGGCCUGCUACUUCGACACUAUAUGGCCACGGAGGUAGAAGGCAAGCUGACGCACAGCAUGCCGCAUUAUUGAACGGCAUCGCAAGUCACGUCCAUGACUAUGAUGACACACACCUGGCUACGAUCAUUCAUCCAACGGGACCUGUGGCAAGCGCUUUGCUCGCGUAUGCCGAGUAUGCAGGCGGCGUCUCCGGGAUGGACCUUGUUUGUGCGCUGACGGCAGGUAUCGAGACGAGUUGCAAGGUCGGUCUUGCCGUAUGGCCGCAGCACUAUGACAUUGGAUGGCACAUCACCUCAACCACCGGCAGUAUCGGAGCGGCUCUAGCGGUUGGCAAGCUUAUGGGAUUGAGCGAGGCGCAGAUGUCGCACGCGAUAGGUCUCGCGGCGGUUCAAGUCGUGGGCUUGCGCGAGAUGUUUGGCAGUGAUACAAAGUCUUUCCAUCCAGGCCGAGCAGCGCAGAGUGGGCUGCUUGCAGCGCUGAUGGCGCAGAAAGGUUACACCAGCUCACCUCAAGCGCUAGAAGCAAAGCGAGGUUGGGCCAACGUCAUGCGUGAGAGGAGACGCAGGGUCGAGGACGUAGCAUCCGUCAAGGCACGAGUUCAUCCGCUAGUAAUCGAGCUGACAUCGAAGCGGACGCCGAAGGAUGGCCUGGAAGGCAAGUUCUCCGUCUUCCACGGCGCGGCAGUAGGACUGCUAUAUGGCAAGGCUGGACCUGCGCUAUAUGCCGACAAAGUCGUCCAAGAGCUAGCUGUGGUGAACGUUCGUGAGAAGGUCGAGGCGACGCCCGACAAGGAUCUCGCACCGGAUGAGACACAUCUAACCCUGGAAUUUGCCGACGGUGAGCAGAUAGUGCAGCACGUUCUGCACGCUGUGGGAUCCCUGGAGGUGCCAAUGACUGACGAGCAAUUGACGGAGAAAUUUAUUGAUCAAGCCGGACUUGUACUCGGAUCUGACGCACAGGAAGCGUCCGAUGCGGCGUGGAGGCUGAGUGACGCCGACGACGUGGUUUCAAUUCUGCAGACGCUGUAA